AUCUUCCCAGCGCCCAGUCACUGAGGGGAGAGACGCGGAGAGGAGCCUCGGGAAAGACCCAGCAUGGCCGCCCAAGGAGAGCCCCAAGUGCAGUUUAAGCUUGUCCUGGUUGGUGAUGGUGGUACUGGCAAAACAACAUUUGUAAAGCGUCAUUUGACUGGUGAAUUUGAAAAGAAGUAUGUAGCAACGCUGGGUGUUGAAGUUCAUCCUCUGGUGUUCCAUACUAACAGAGGUCCCAUUAAAUUUAAUGUAUGGGACACAGCUGGCCAGGAGAAAUUUGGUGGCCUGCGAGAUGGCUAUUACAUUCAAGCUCAGUGUGCCAUCAUAAUGUUUGACGUAACAUCAAGAGUUACUUACAAGAAUGUACCUAACUGGCAUAGAGAUCUGGUACGAGUAUGUGAAAAUAUCCCUAUAGUGUUGUGUGGCAACAAAGUGGAUAUUAAAGACAGAAAAGUCAAGGCAAAAUCCAUUGUCUUCCACAGGAAGAAGAAUCUCCAGUAUUAUGACAUUUCAGCUAAGAGUAACUACAACUUUGAGAAGCCUUUUCUCUGGCUUGCUAGAAAGCUAAUUGGAGAUCCUAACUUGGAGUUUGUUGCCAUGCCUGCUCUUGCACCACCAGAAGUUGUUAUGGACCCAGCACUGGCAGCACAGUAUGAGCAAGACUUACAGAUUGCUCAAACCACUGCACUGCCAGAUGAAGAUGAUGACCUGUGAGGGAUGAAGCUGGAGCCCAGCGUCAGAAGUCUAGUUUUAUAGGCAACUGUCCUGUGAUGUCAGUGGUGCAGCGUGUUUGCCACUUUAUUAUCUAGCUGAGCAGAACAUGUGCUUAAUCUUUGGGAUGCUGAAAGAGAUGAAUGGGCUUCGGAGUGAAUGUGGCAGUUUAAAAAAAAAAAAAACUUCAUAUUUUGGACCCACAUGUAGCUGUUUUUUGGACUGCAAGUACUUCCCCUUUGAGUUUCAAAUAUAAGACUGCUGCAGUCACAUCAGAGUAUUAAGUGGUAAAUCUUGUUUCUGUCAUUCCCAUUCUUUUUUGUUUAGAUAAUAAAGUUGUAUUUCAAAUAUCUCUAAGCAAGUGAACUUUCAUGCAUUGUUAGGAAUAAUUCUUCAACAAGUCUUCUGCUCCUCAGUUGAGGCUAAUACUCGGUUGUCUGCUGUAUUUCUCCCUUCCUUUUUCCUCUUUCUCUUCCAUACACUCUCUUCCCUCCCUUUCUUGUUAUGCUGCUCUUAGUAAAUCAGAGCUAACAGUUAACCUUCCCUUGAUUUCCUGAAGUCUGUAAUUAAGCACCCGAGGAGAGCUGAACUAACUGCCAGGUAAAACUAAAGCAUUGAACGCUUGACUGGUAAGUGUGACUGAAUCAACAAAUAAGCAUAGAUUCCCCUUACAAAUGGGCAUGUUUAUGUGAUCUGCAGAGUGUCUUGAGAGUAGUUCAACUUGCAUAUGCUACCUUUAGAUAAAGCCUCUGAACUCUAACUUACAGUAUGUUCUACAACAUGCCUUCAGAGCUCUCUAUUUUAGUAGCCUGAAACAAAUGGCAUCCAGAUCUGUUAAGUGAUGUAAAAGCUGUAUUUGCAUGGAACAUCAUUCAGUAGAGCUAUAGCUGAUGAAGCACAUUCUUUCUGUGCAUCUUAAAAUUCACUAACUAGAAAACAUCGGUAGUUGAGUUAAAAAAAGCUCUUGGCUACGAAACAGCAUAUUAGCUAAAACCACACUUGUAUAAAUAGCAAGACUUUUCUGUAACUGCACCAAGUUCUUAAUUUGAAACUCUAGCAUAUUACAGCACAAAUGGUGGAAAAUGUCAACUUUUAACACUACCUUGUAGGAAUUAAUCUUGGUCAAUAUUAGUACUGCUAGUAGACAGAACAUAAGUUUAAGAUUCCAUUUUUCAGUAGUGUUUGAGUACAUGAAGCCUUGAAUUCUUCAGUUUUGUAUUUUUGGUUUCUUAAUAAAGUGAAGCAUUUCAUUUAUUCCUCUUAAUUUGCAUGUCUGUGUACGUAACUCCUGCUACUUGAUUAGUUCUUAAAUAACACUAUUCAACCAUUCUGAUACAUGGCUGCAAAAGAUAGUUUACUAUGGAAAUCUAUUUAUUAAACACUGUUGUAAAGAAAUCAUGUUUAACCUAGUGCAAGUUAAGUUCUGUAUUGCUUAACUACUUAAUGAAAAGCUGAGUUGUGAUAUUUGGAACAUGAAACUAAUGAGAAUGAGGAGUAUUGUACACUUACCUACUGCACAGUAAAAAGACUGACUCCCACUUAAACAUGCCAUUGAAUCUUCUUGCUGCAUCACCUUGCUUGAACGUCAUCUUUUGGGUUCCUGUCUGCAGUCACUAAUUCAUCUGUGUGUACUUUGGCUAAUACUUCUAGCUUGAUUAUCUGCUGCUGCUUUAGGCGCAGUAGCUCUUUUCUUUCAGUUGUCCUGCUUUUGAAGUGCAAAUUGUAAUAGUUCUGCAGUGUUGACACACCUUAAACUCAAGUAGAGUUGCAGUUUAUCUAUACUGUUUCAUAGUGUGUGCAUGUAUGGUGAGAUAGCUACAACUUGCCUGCUGCACACGCAGGUGUAUAACUGCUCUGAGUUUUUUGCUUUGUAACCUUUAAUACUCCUUCCAAGUCCACAAGAACUAUACUUUGAUGUAGGCAGUAAUACUUGGCCUGCUGUAAUAGAUGUUUUGGGGGUGAGUCAGUCCACUAGUUACUGCAUUAUGCUCAGUUGUCAUAUCUAGAACAUGUUAACUGUUGAUCAUAAGUAAUGCAACUAGUCUUAGUGGGCCUGUGCAAAUUCCUUUCAGCUGUAGUUUCUUAACUAUAAUACUUCAAAAGACUUGAGCUCUAGAGUUUUUUAGUAGCUGUUGAACAAAACUUCUUGCUUAUCUAACUAGUCAAGUAAUGAGGAAAAUAAAAUUUAUGUUGUAAGUA